AUGCUCUUCUUCUCCUUCUUCAAGACGCUCGAGUCCAAGCUGGUCACCAUCGAGCUCAAGAACGACCUCAAGAUCAAGGGCGUGCUGCACAGCGUCGACCAGUACCUCAACUGCAAGCUGCAGCAAGUCGAGGUUCUCAACGCCGAGCGCUACCCGCACCUCCUGGCUGUCUCCUCCGUCUUUAUCCGCGGCUCCGUCGUGCGCUACGUCCACAUCAACCCGUCCGACGUCAACGUGCCCCUCCUGCAGGACGCCAGCCGGAGAGAGUAUGGCGAGGGGCGCAACGCCCCCUAG